AUGGGAAAUGGAUCGUGUUGUAAAAAAAUAGAAAGAAUAGAAACAUUAGAAGUUGACAAUACUCCUCCACAUCAGACCAAAAUAGAUUCACUUUUUGAUGCCCCUCAAUAAAUGAUUUCUCUAUCAGAUUCUGAUGAAGACUAUUAGCUAUAAAAAUAGCCCAAGUUUGGAGUCUUCAAAGAGAAAAAAAAAGGUUCUCCACUAUCAACUAGCUAAUAAUAUUCUUUUUAAACUCUACCUUCUGAAUAAUAAUUCUCUAAUUUUGUUACUUUUCAGGCUAUACCAUCUUAAUUAGGAAUAAAAAAUAAUUUAUUCACUAAAUUCUAAAAGGAAAUGAAUGAUAUUGUUAUCAAUAUACCCUUAAACUAAAAGAACCAACAAAUAAAAUGA